GAUGGCAGUUGUAGUAAACGAAAGUCUUGUUCAAGUAAAUGAAAAUAUAACGGAAAAUAAUAACUCUAUUACCGCAAGAAUGCCUUCGACAUUUGAGGGAAUAGUCCUUGCUUACGGAAGCCUAUUAAUUAUGGCUAUUUUACCUAUUUUCUUUGGUAGUUAUCGUGCUGUUAAACAUCAUAAGGAACAGCAGCAACAAUAUAAGAAAAGUGGAGAACAGCCAGAAAUAAUGUCUCGUAAGGAUGCAGCAAUAUUUCCUUUCAUUUCCAGUGUUACAUUAUUUGGACUAUAUGUAAUAUAUAAAAUAUUUGACAAGGAAUUUGUGACUCAAAUUUUAGCAACAUAUUUCUUUUUCUUAGGAAUCUUAGCUUUGUGUCACCUUACUAGCCCAAUAAUUUCAUCACUAGUACCUGCAGCAAUUCCAAAAACUCAGUACAAUCUAUUAUUUACUAAGGGUGAAGUAGAUGAGGCAGAAUUUAUUAUCAAUUACAAAUUUAAUCUUCAUGAUAUCGUUUGUCUGAUAUGUUGUUCACUUGUUGGAACUUGGUAUAUUUUAAAAAAGCAUUGGAUAGCUAAUAAUUUAUUUGGUAUUGCAUUUGCGAUUAAUGGAGUUGAGUUGUUACAUGUGAACAAUGUUGUAACAGGAUGUAUUUUGCUUUGUGGGCUCUUAUUCUAUGAUGCAUUUUGGGUAUUUGGUACAGAUGUAAUGAUAACAGUUGCGAAAUCAUUCGAAGUUCCAAUUAAAUUAGUGUUUCCUCAAGAUAUAUUGGAAAAAGGAUUUACAGCCAACAAUUUUGCUAUGUUGGGUCUAGGUGACAUUGUUUUGCCAGGAAUUUUCAUUGCUCUUUUAUUACGGUUCGACAAUAGCUUGAGUAGAAAAACAAAUGUCUAUUUUUACUCAACAUUUUUUGCAUAUUUCAUGGCAUUGUUAGCGACAAUGUUCAUUAUGCGUUUUUUCAAUCACGCACAACCGGCACUGUUAUAUUUAGUACCAGCUUGCCUAGGUACCCCUCUACUUUUGGCAUUAGCCAAAGGAGAUUUAAAAGCACUAUUUUCUUACGAAGAUCAUCCACUUAAUAUAAAACAAAUGGAACAAUCAGUACAAACACAAGUAGAAACAAAAAAGGAUACGUGAUAUUCGUAUUUAAGGUGAUGAAUGUAAUAAAAGUUUCAGCUGCAUUAUUAUGCUGUUACCAUUUUAAAUUUAUAGUAUGUAGGGAGAAAAUGAUAGUUUGUCUUAUGCGCAAGCUGUACAAUCAUGAAAUUUAAAAGUGUUAUAAGUACAAUACAUGUAGUUAUAUUCUACAUGCAUACUGUGAGAUUUAAACUUACAUUUGGUUCAUAUUCAUACAUUUAAAGUCAAUUGAGUCAGUAAUUUAUAAUUUAUUGUAUAUUUGUAUCAGUUUUUAUAAAGAUGCACACACACACAUACACACACGCGCGCGCGCGCACACACAUACACAUUGCGUGCGUGCGUGAGUGUGUGUUUAGAUAAAUAUUAGUUAAUUUAUGAAGAAAUUAUUCAAGAAUAAUAGUAAGUAAUAUGGUUUUUUUUUUUCAGAUGAAUUGUUUUCUAUAAAUAAAAUAAAAUAAGUAAAUGAGGAUUUACAUUAAUACUAGGGUUCUUACUUAUAACAUACCCGGUUUACUCGUGCAAUACCCAGGUAGAUAAAAAUUACUCAAAAACUGGGGUACCUCAUAAAAUACACGAGAUAGUUGAAACCAUCGAUAUGAGAGGUCGAAACAAAAGAAUGCAUAGUUUUAAGUUUAAAGAUACGAAAAAAACCAUAUCACAGCCGGAAAACAAAAAUUUAAUUACAACUUAUUUAA